AGCAGUGUAUGUUGUGGCAACAAUCAGGGUAAUACUAGUAAGUUGUAGUUUGUCUAUGUCUCGUAAUCGAUGUUGAUGAGUAGGUGUAGCAUGAUCUACUUUGGAUUUCACGUUAUAAAAGCAGAUCACGAAGCUAAAAAAGCUAUAAAAGCUCUCGAUAAAGAACAAGAACAUGAAUUUGAAUACAUCAACGGCUAGUGCUGUUACAAGAAAGUAAAAUGGCGUACUAUGCUGCCCUCGCUCCUGGGGGCGGAAAGUCUGGCUAUAAAGGUCCCUCAUCUUCACCGCCACCAUGUUCACCAACCGAAGGUGUAUAUUCCGAUAAAGGUGGAUCGGCGUACUAUGGAUAUGAUCGAGGUGGCCCUUAUGGCGGAGGUGGUGCAAAACAUGGUGGAGAAAACUCCAGUAAAGGUGGAGAUUAUAACAAAGGCUACGAUAAGUCCUAUGGUGGAGGACCGCCUAGUGGAGGAACAGACCCCUGGAAUUCCGGGUCUUUGAUACCUGGUGGGAAAAUGGGGAAGGCCCAUACAAUGGGCUGGAGCAGCUAUUGGGGUAGUGGAACCAACUGGAAAACGACGAAAGCCAAAACCGAGAAAGACCAAGAAUUGGAACACAGGUAGUAGUAGUUUCAGUUUCGUUUUGCAACCGAGAAAGACCAAGAAUUGGAAUUCUUGUAACAUCUUCUAGUACAUGACAUCAUUGAACUAACGGAACAUCAACUUCUUGUCUUUCUCUCCAAAUCAACAAAGGAACAAACACCACAACAUACGAAUAAAUCAGGAAAGUUGCGCACACUUUCACGCAGCAAAGACAGGCAACUGAGAGGACAGUCGUGAUUAAACGGAAAUCUGGCAUGACAGAUGAGGAGUGUGUGGAAGUAUUCAGAGAUGAACAAGCUGUCGUGUGCAUAGAAGUCGUAGAAGUAGAAGUAGCUCGUAGUUUCUUAGGUCGUUCUCGUUUAGCUCGGUUAAGAAUCAACUCGUCUCUACUCUCUGGUUCUUGCAUGUCGAUUUUUUCAACGUUUUUUGAUGCAAGAAUCUCCGAUGAAUGCACAUGAUCAAUCUAUCCACCAAAAAUGAAUCAACACAGGACGCGAUUUCCGACCUGUGCAUUGCCGGUGGCUAUUCUGUUCCGGAGAAGGUUGAAUUCCUAAAUUCCAGUGUAAUCUACGUCGAUUUUCCAAGCGAGUCCGUCGCCAAGCGAUGCUGCGAAGACCUUCUUGCAAGAACAAUCACAGCAGAUGGCGAACCCAUCGAAGUAGUUCGCUCAGUAGGCGCUGCUCAAGGUGUUGUCGACAAGAGCAAUAUCAACCCUAUAAUCGGACCAGCACAUGGUGGAGGUGGAGGGCAACCUCCUUCUGGAAAAGGACUUGGAGGCCCAGGAGGCGGUCAGCCUGGACCAGGCGGUCUUAUAGGACCACCUCCAGGCAUGGGGGGAAAAGGCAGUCCCCCAGGAGGGCCUAUGUCAGACCCUUCGAUAGGACCACCUGGACCUGGUGGUCUAGUUCCUGCCGGAGGUGCGAUAGGAUUUCCUGCUCCGAACGGUGUUGGAGGUCGUCUUGCGAAUAACAAUAAUCCUGGUGGUGGCCCUGCUGGUUCUCCUGGUGCACCUAUCAUCAACCCGAUGCUAAGUGCAGGCAUUAUGCCUAAGGCAGCACCUGGACUUGCACCGACGAAGAUUGUGGCUGCGACAGAGCAUGAAAGCACGGACACCCUGUGUGUACGGAAUGCAGAAGAGUUCACGGAGAAAGAAAUAAUUGCAUGCUUCGAAAACUUUGUGCCGGGAGCGGUGAAGGGGUGCAAGAUAAGGUACAACCUAGUGCUGGUAGAUAUUUUUGUAGUAUUUUUAAUCUACUUCAAAUGAUCGUCGUCCGCUUUUCAUUUUCCACUUGUGUAUGUAAGCAUGAUCGAUGAAAAAUUCAAAAAUUGUCAGUCCUCACGUGGUGCUCUUCAUAACGAAAAAUUCUUAUACAUAGAUUUUUCACAUUUCCCACUCCAGGCCCGUCAGAUCUCACAUGCAGCCGCAACAAAAAGGUGGAGGUAAAGGCAAGGGUAAAACUGGUGGGAAAGCAGUGUCGACACACGCAAACGCCUUCGUCACGUUUCAAUCUGUCAGUGAUUGUCGUCUGGCGCUUUCGCGGUAUCAAGAGGCCGGCUCUAAAAUCCAAGGACGCUAUGCGCUAGCCUUCUACGGAAAGAACCAGCAGCAAGUACAGGCGAUGCAAGUUAUGGUGAUUACCUGCGUAGAUACUUGUUACUCUCACAAUUUCUCAUAGAAGUAGAAGUACUGUACGACUACAACUGCAACUGGUACUGGAGUACAACUGGAGGUUCAGGUUCUGCUAUUGGCGAUGAAUAGGAAUACCCGAUCCCGAUAAUUCUCCACCUUUUCCACUUUCUAGGAACCCUAAACCCUCAAUUCCCUUCUAACAACAACAACAAUUCUGCCCUGCAUUCUGCGGCUAGGCAAGCGACUAUAGUGGAGCAAACUAUAGUCCGGGAGUUGACUGAGAAGACACAACAGAAGAAUGAGAUCGUCAAAGAAGCAGUGGCGAACGGAGCAAACAGUAGUAUGUGGACCGAAUAUUUGAAGAAGUUUAAUAAGAAACAGGGCAUAGACGAGGACGCGUCGUCAGCAUCGGAAGGCGAAGGAGUGGUGGCGUUGCCAGGUACCUAGAAGUUCUGUAGAUGCAUCUAGGUUGCUGAUUCUCGUAAAACGAUGUGCACGACGUAAAUGCUGAGAUUGUCUGCUGGAAUUCUGAUUUAUUUUAGUUAUAGUUCACUCUGUUUUUACCUCAAGUACUAGUGCAUACUGCCAUUUUGAAUGACAACGAUGUAGUUUUGAGUGAAGUACAAAUUCGAUUUCAUAUCUUGAUCUUGAUCCACCCCUCCCACAUCAGGCGGCAGACGCCUCCGUCGACGUUGGGAGCAAGACACUUCUGGACAAGACGGGAUUUGGUUUACGAAAGACAGCGAUGGUGGCGUGAUGUAUUUUGAUGAGCGCAAUGGAUUCUUCUUUGAUUCCGUUCCGGUCUAUUUCGAAUUUGACAGGAGUAGUUACAGUCCUGCGGCAGUUCCUCCACCGAAGAAGACAAAGACUGCUAGUAGUGCCACUCCUCCUUCCACGCCGAGAAUGAGGAACUCCGUAAUCCGUGAGAUAGAUAGCAGAGGAACUGUGAAGCCUGGGGGACUUAUUUUGCGAAUACGGUAUUUGCCUCCAACGUUUAAUCCGGGAGAGCAGCACGCGAAUAGUUGUACGAAUACCACAUCAUCUGGAUCUGCUCGGACAACUUCUUCAUCUGGACCUCCAGGAGGUAAGCACGGAGCCGUGGGCGUGGUUGCGCGUCAGCCGACGUCUUCGCCCCCUACAAAUGGAAAUGCGUCUAUGGCACCUGCAAUAGGCGCAACGUCUUCAAAAGGCGGCCCACCUCCGACGAGCACUUCGAAUAUACCUCCUGCUCCUGCUUUUGCUUCUGGUGCGAACUCUAUCCCUAUGGGAGCAGGACCGAUGAGCAGAACGUCAUCUACAGUACAACCACAUCCGUCAACGUCCUCUUCUGGAGGUCCGCCUCCGUAUCAGCAAGUUGGAGCGCCUCCACAUGCUCCUCCACCAGGGUCACAACAUCCUCCAUCGGGACAUGCCCCUCCGCCAGGUGGAAAACCUAUGAUGCAACAGGGCCCUCCUCAUGGACAACACCCCCCACCUACGACGUCUCCUUUACACCCACCUCAAGCAGGGCCACCAAUGAUGGGAGGUGCCGCUCCUCAGCAUCCUCCUCCAGGACAGUAUCCUCCUCAACAUCCUCCUCCAGGACAGUAUCCUCCACAACAACAACAACAACAUCAGAACUAUCCGCCACAACAUCAACAGAAUUAUCCACCUCAUCAAGGGGCACAACAUCCGCCAAAUCAAUCUUUUUCAUCGAGUGGUGCAAUGGCAUCUACUAGUACUGGAGGAGGGUAUAAUCAACAUCAACAACAGCCACCUCCUGUGAAAAAGGUUAUCAUCGGAGGUAGUAAUCCCGCAGCACCCGCCGCGAAAAAGCCUCUUGCUUCGAUACAUCUGGCGGCUGCAGCUGCAGCCGCUAGUGCAGCAGCAGCAGAAGGAGUGAAGAAUAGCAGCGCUAACAAUUCGAGUAAGGAGCCGGAUGGCAGUUUCAGCGAGAGCGAGGAGAUGGAGAUGAGUACAGAGGAAGUCAUCUGCUAUCUGUGCCAACGCAAGUUCCGAGACAAAGCCGCGUACAAAAAACACUGCGCACUUUCGGAGUUGCACAAACAGAAUUUAGCUUUGAAAGCGGAAGAGGAAGGCCGAGCAGUGCUGGAGGGUGAGGAACAGGGUCAAGGUCCUGGAGAGGGUCAAGUUGGUGGAGAUGGACACGGAACAAGAGAAGCACAGCAUCCAAAUUCUUAUCCACCAGCUGCUUCAAAUCCACCUCCAGCCUUCGCCACAGGAGCUAAUGCACAACCUGUUGUGCCACCUGCUGGAACAGGGGCUAAUGCACUACCCGUAGGUGGUGGCGUUCCCUCGCCAAAUCCGAGCCCGCAUGAUGUUGUUGGGUAUCAACAACACCAGCAGCCUCCGAAUAAUCAAUGGGUUGGAAAAGGCGGUGGUUCGCCACCAAUGACGCCAUGGGCCGGUCCUCCUGGCCAAGGUCCACCACCACCAGGCGGUUACAACAACAUGCAGUAUCAAGACCAGGGCGCAUCUUGGGGUGCUGCGCCUGUUGGAGGUACUCAAGGUGGGAUGGACAACUCUUGGUCAAACGGUCCCUAUGAUAACCAACCCUCUAGAUAUGGUAAUAUGGGAGCUCCAGGCGGUGGUCCAGGAGGAAAUCAAGGUAGAAGUCGAUAUGGAGGGACGAGUAGUGGACAGAACUAUGGGUACUAAAACCAGCUCAUCUGCGUCUACUUUUGCUGUGAGAUUACGCUUUCCGCGGAGCUUAGUGCUGAAGAAGAACAAAGAAUAUGAUCUCUUCUUGUCGAGAUUUUGAUGAGAUGGAAGCCAGGAGCCCAAACUCGAUUAAGUAUUCCUUCGAUGAAUACAGACCACAGUUUUGAGACCACGUGACGAAGAUGAAUAGACAGUAUGAUGUAGAAAAUCAAUUUGACAAAAUAGCGGCCACAAAAGGUGAACCACCUCUCGUCCGAGUUUCUUAGAUCAAGGUACUGCCUGCUCAUGGUGACGAAAAUAUUGUCCUUGUACUAGUGAAAUCCCCCAACUUCACGAUAUCCCAGCUUUCAUCCCUAAAAUCCCUAAAAUCGCGCUGAAAUUUACUCGAAGAGAUUUAACGCGUCUUCUUUAUGUUUUUUUGUGAAGAAAAACUUGAUGUAGUUCAUUUGAUUGAAAAAUGAAUAUAUAUGACGAUGACCCCACUUCCUUCCCCUUGCCGUUGAUGUUGAUAGAGCUUGGAUCGAGC